CCUCAGUGCAUGUCUACCGAAUUUACUGGCGCCAGUGUUGACUGUGGCUGUGCUGCUUGGGCUGUCGCUAAAAGGCUAGUUUUUUUUUUUAGUUGGGCUUACAACCAGCUGAACAUUUGACUAUACUUGACUCAUGCAGGAGACAAACCUGCAAGCACAAACGCGUGUACCUGGAUACAGUGCCUGUCUGCUCUUUAAAUACAUAUAAGGAAUAUCACCUGGGUCAGUCGCUUUAAAGAUCACAUGUAUUUAUUUUAGACAACGCCGCGGGGAACUUGUUCCCCGAGUUUUGAAUCGUUGUGUGCGCAUCAUGAGAGGAGUUAUCGGAGUGUAAAAAGCACAGAGUCGACAGCUUGGACUCGUUUUUUUUAGGUUAUUUUUUGAACUGUCACCAAUCUUUAAGCAAUUCCCUGCAGACUAAAAGCAAAAGGAGAAGAAAAAAACAACUCACAAAAACAGUUUGUGUUUUAAAAGCUAAAACACUCUCUCUCUCACACGUCACACACACACACUCGCACAAAAUGGAAAUAGCGAGCGAUCAGCCUCGCUGGAUGGCUCACCAUCACGCCGUGCUAAACGGACAGCACCCCGAUUCUCAUCACCCGGGGCUGGUGCACAAUUACAUGGAACCGGCCUCGCAGCUUCUGCCCCCGGACGAGGUGGACGUGUUUUUCAACCAUCUGGACUCGCAAGGGAACCCCUAUUACCCAAACUCGGCGCACGCCCGGGCACGAGUGUCCUACAGCCAGGCUCACGCUCGCUUGACCGGGGGCCAGGUCUGCCGACCUCACCUCAUCCACAGCCCCGGGAUCCCUUGGCUUGACAGCGGGAAAGCAGCUCUGUCAGCUGCCCAUCACCACAACGCCUGGGCGGUGAGCCACUUCACCAAACAGAGCCUCCACCCGGCCAGUACCGGGGCACCGGGCGGCUUGUCAGCGGUGUACCCUGGCAGCAGCGGCGCAAGCACAGGCACCGUAUCCUCACUCACCUCAGGGUCCCACUCCAGCCAGCACCUCUUCAGCUUCCCUCCCACCCCGCCCAAGGAUGUCUCUCCAGAUCUGGGCGCCGCGUCCCCCUUGUCCGCCAGGUUAGACGAAAAGGAAUCCCUGAAAUACCAGGUCUGCCUGGCAGAAAGCAUGAAGAUGGAAGGAUCAAGUCCACUGAGGAGCAGCCUGGCGUCGAUGGGAUCACAGACCCCGUCCACCCACCACCCGAUACCCACUUACCCCACUUACUCUCUGCCCGGAGCGCAUGAGUACGGCGGAAGUCUGUUUCACCCGGGUAGCCUCCUCGGGAGCGCCUCAUCGAGCUUCACCCCAAAAUGCAGGAGCAAAACCAGGUCGUGUUCAGCAGAGGGUAGAGAAUGCGUGAACUGCGGGGCCACGUCGACCCCUCUGUGGAGGCGAGACGGGACCGGGCACUAUCUGUGUAACGCCUGCGGGCUGUACCACAAGAUGAACGGGCAGAACCGACCGCUCAUCAAGCCCAAAAGGAGACUGUCCGCUGCCAGAAGAGCGGGGACCUGUUGUGCCAACUGCCAGACAACCACAACCACGCUGUGGCGACGCAACGCUAACGGGGACCCGGUGUGUAACGCGUGCGGUCUGUAUUACAAGCUGCACAAUAUAAACCGACCCCUCACCAUGAAGAAAGAAGGCAUCCAGACCCGCAACCGCAAGAUGUCCAACAAAAGCAAGAAGAGCAGGAAGGGUCCGGACUGCUUCGAGGAAUUCUCCAAAUGCAUGCACGACAAGAGCUCCUCCUUCAGCGCUGCUGCCCUGGCAGGGCACAUGCCUCACAUGGGCCACCUGCCCCCCUUCAGCCACUCGGGACACAUCCUGCCCACCCCGACGCCCAUCCACCCCUCUUUCGGGCACCCCCACCAUGCCAGCAUGGUGUCCGCCAUGGGGUGAACCCCUCCACCCCCCUGCACCCCCCAGCACAGGGGAGGAGGAGGGUGAGGGGGGAUCGGACAGCAGGCUCACUGCCAGGGAGAGCACUGGUGGUGUGGAGGGCACGGCUUUCACUGCAUUCAUUCGGACACCAAGAGGAAAGAUUUAUGGGAUGGAUGUGUGACUUAGAGACCUUUUCGGUAAGGCUGUGGAGAGGAAUAUUCUCCUGAAGGACUCUAUUCCUGCAAGGAAGGAAGCUGUUUUUUUCCCCAAGCCCUCUCUCACCCAGCUGAUCAACCAACUAACUAGCAAACCAGUAAACCACUCGCUCCCCCUAGCCCUCUCUCAUCCAGCUGCUUCAUACCCGAAUCCAGACAAACAGAACCCUGGCUGUCUCUCUGAACCAGGAUAAAUCUUCAGAGAAGAGACGCCUUGAUUUCUAACUGUGAAUAUUGUAAAUGAAGAAGAAGAGGAGGAAGAAGAAGAAGAAGAAGAAGAAGAAGAAGAAGAAGAAGAAGAAGAAGAAGAAGAAACAGACAAUGUACCAGGUCUCACUUACUGACUGUGUGUGUGGGGUCUCUCUCAACCGUUAUAUAUAUAUAUAUAUAUAUAUAUAUAUAUAUAUAUAUAUAUAUAUAUAUAUAUAUAUAUAUAGAAUGAUGCUGGAUUACUGGUCAUGGACUACUUCUGUUUUAAAGGACUUUAUAAGAAGAAAAAAGGUUUAUAAAGCUUAAUUUUAAAAUAGUUUGCUAUUAUUAUUAUUAUUAUUAUUGUUGUUGUUAUUAUUAUUAUUCUUAUUAUUUAUUUUUUAUUCUGCUUUUUCUUUUUGGUCGAUGUUUCAGAGAAGAUCCUUUACAUCAUUUUGUUUUUAUAAGAAAGCUGUUUUAUUCAUCAGAGAUUAUCGUGUCACCAUUCCUGUAGGCAUAUCUGAGCUGUUAUUGAGGAGAACGUGAAUCUGUCUUAAUCGGGGAGGGGAGGGGAGGGAAGGAGUUUUUGGAGGAUUGCCCUACAAUUUAAUGUACAGAUUAUUAUUUUUUUCCUUUAAAAUAUUCAUGUCCUUAUGACAAAUUACAUUUAUUUUUAAAAAAAAGUAUUUGAUCGACUGGUUGUGGUUUUCAAUAUCUUAAAAGUGAUUGUGAUGAUUCCUAGUGUGUGGGAACCCUUGUGGUAAACUAUAGUAAAUGCACAGUAUAACCAUGGGAAAAGCAAGGAGGAAAACUGCAAAAAUACCAUGCAGAUUUACUGUGGUGAAUUUUUAUAAGAGAAAUCAAUCACUAGAGCUUUUAUAAAAUUCAAAUAAAAAUCAAUGAUAAUACAAAUUCUGUUUCCAUAUAUAUGCAGCUGGCUCUUUGAGCUAAUAUAUAUAUAUAUAUAUAUAUUAGACUAAUUUUGUUUUGUAUUUAAUAGUCUGUCUAUGCAUCGUUAAGAAGAAUGCCCCUCCCUCCCAAAAAAGAAAACUACAUACAAGAACAAACAAACAAAAAAUAAUAAAACUCCUUUUCGACUUACAAAAGAUGUGUUUAAUAUUUCCAACAACAACAGCAAGGACAGUAAUAAUAAUUUGACUGAAACUCCAGCGUGAUGUCACCACGGCUAUUGUGCUCGCCCUCCCCAGCUCUAUGGCAGUGCCGUCCCCUAGUGUAAUAAUGGGUGCUUUUAUGAAAGCCGCUGCCCACAAUGCACUCGUGAGCAGGGCUUCACAACGAGGUCAAGUCAAGCGCCGUGCUUGAGGGAGGGAGAGUUCCAGAGAAGGAGGAGGAAGGACAGAGCAGUCUAUAGCUGGACAGAGGAAGGAAAGCUAAUCAACAGAGCCCUUACUCUCACAGUAGGAAAGUUCAGCCAGUCUCACCCAGCCGAGAGCAGAGGAAGCACUCAGUGGCAUUGCUUCAUCACAGCCUGCCCCAGAGUUUAAACUGCCAUGCCCAUCUGAGGAAGUCAUCUCACUGACGAGAGGAGCACAUAACAGCACUCUGAUAACGAGGAUUAUUCAUUGAGAAUACUCCAUCAGGAAAACUACAGCCCAUAGUCAUACUGCUACUGCUACUACUGAUAAUAAUAAUAAUAAUAAUAAUAAUAAUAAUAAUAAUAAUAAUAAUAAUAAUAAUAAUAAUAAUAAUGCAGACAGUGAUUCAUCGUCAAUAUAUUGUGCCAAUCCCAUAUCUGAUUAGUGUUAAAAAGAGUGCGGUCAGAUGUCAGCCCUUUUAGUUUGUAAGUGCUGUGCCCGAUCAACAAAACCCAGGAGUUAGUAAAAACAAUUAGUUUUUUUCAAUCAUUUCUUUUAUUAUGAAUGAAAUACUGGUUGAUAUGUUAAUAAAACAGUUUUGGUCUGCUUUUUAAAAACAAAAAUUCAAAUCUAGUACAGUUUUUGCAAACUUUAUUAUUUUUUUCCAUAAACCAAAAAAAGGAAAAAAAAAAAAAAGCCCUUCUAGAUUUUUACAGGUUCCAUUGGAAGCAUGUAAUGGUGGUUAGGGUGAAGGCUGUGCAUACUCUAUAGUGAUUAGGGUGGUUAGGGUGAAGGCUGUGCAUACUCUAUAGUGAUUAGGGUGGUUAGGGUGAAGGCUGUGCAUACUCUAUAGUGAUUAGGGUGGUUAGGGUGAAGGCUGUGCAUACUCUAUGUCAGCCGGUAUUGAUUCUGAAGGCAGGCUGGUUUAAACACUUGGAAGGUACAGUGAGGUGAACCCUGUGAAGAUGCGCUCCUCUGUUUUGUUUUGUUUUGUUUUUUGAGAGUGGAGUUCUGAAUGACCCAGAGAUCAGGAUAAAGUGCAAUAUAACGUCAUUCACUGCCGUGUAGAGAAGACAAAAGAAAAAUGAAUAAAUAAUGAAACUUAAAUUAUUCCGUUGUCUGUAUCAACACAAACCGUUGUAUUCUUAUUAUUUUCUGCAGUAUUUCUUUUCUCUUUUUCUCUUUUGUUUUGUCACAUUAGUUUCGAUUGCUCGAUUAAGUUAUUGGUAAAAAAAAAUAAAAGAAAUAAAAAUGCGUCCAACAUGUUUAUAUAUUGUCUGUAAAAAGUGUAUUCUAUCAUAUUCCUGAACAUGAACAUUGCUAUAAAAUAAUAAAAUGCUUCUUUUUUUUGGUGAAA